UUAUCCCCGUAUUUUGUCAUUAUAAGUAAUUGAAACAUGAAGGAGUGGAUGAGGUUGUUAUUUCUACUAACAGUAGUGCCAAUUGUUUCUUCAAUUCACGAGAGACAGAGAGAGGCGUUGCCUUCAUCAAGGAUGGCUCCUACUCUGAUGAAAAUUAGUAAUGGAGAAAAUUUACAACAGUAUCAUACCUCUCUUGGAAGAGUUCCCGAAGAACCCAUUCCUAGUACUUCAUAUAGAGAACCUGCGUUUGUAUCGGAAAUCGAGUUCAUGGGACCUUUUCAUAGACAAGAAUACAAUGAAGAAAUGGAUGACGGUAUUGAAGCGUUCGUUACCUCGGUUGCAAACGAUGAAGAUGCAAUCGAUGCAUGUGUUUUAGCAAGAAGUAUCCAGUCGCAUUUUGGCACGUCAAGAGAUAUGAUAGCAAUCGUGUUAGGAUCCAAGGGUGAUAGUGGUGUAAGAUGGUACCCUGGGGACAAGGAGAAGAACUGGAAAACUUUGAAAGGUUGCGGAUGGGACGUUCUGAAAUUCUCGUUACCUUCCAAUCAGUAUAUUAUUGAAACGAGACGCCUCGAAUGGCUUCGAAUACAUUCUUGGGCAUUGGCUGAAUACAAGGCAGUAGUUUACGUGGAACCUAAUUCUUUAGUAAUUUCUCCAUCAGUGGAAGAAAUGUUUAGAUGUGGCUGUUUUUGUGCUUCUAUCUAUAAGGGAGAUUAUUUUGAACCUGACGUUAUGGGACUUAAACCAGAUGCUUCUGUUUACCAGCAUAUGUUAUCAACAUUAGAAGCAAAUACACUUGGAAAGAAGCCCCAACUUGUGGCUUGGUUCAACACCUAUUUUAAGGAUCUCUUAAUGAAGCCUUAUUUUCCUUUGAAAGUCCCUGCAGAAACGGUUCGAUGCUUCAGCUGUGAGGUAAAAUAUUUUAGCAUUUGUAUGCGCAGACUUCCUUUUCAAGGUAGCAACAUUCAUUUGAAUUUCUUAUCCUUUAAUGCCGGAGUUAGUUUGAAACCCUACAAAUGGUGGUCAGCCAUCUUCCUUUCUCCUCAUUCCAGAAAAAUAUAUCUUCACUACAAGAGACAAAUCAAGAACAUCAAAGAUAUCAAUCGUUCCUUCCAUGUAAUUUGUUUAUUUCGCGUUUCUCUUGUUGCUAGUAUUCUGCUCAUUGUCAGGAAAAAGUGGAAAUGUACUGUUUCGAAGGGGUCAUAUGUCAGAUGGAACUCCACUUUAUUUGCGCUCUUUCUAUCUUAUCUUCUUGGUCCUUUAACUUUAUUUGCAUGUAUUACAACUAGUUGGCUAUUGGUUCCGCGUUAUUGUGAAUAUAUAACAGGAACACUAUGCUUCGACGCUCUGUUCACUAUACAAUAUUUCUCCUUGAUCGACUUUGUUAUUCAUAUUUAUACUUCAGCUUCUUAUCGUAAUUCUCAAGAAGAAACUAUAGAUGACACUGAACAUUGCUUGAAAAUCUCAGUGCCAUGGAUGCAGCGUGAAGAGAACUUGUUUCGUCUUUGGCUAUAUAAGCUCAAAAUACUGUUCAUAGCAACUUUCUGUAUUGUUCCUCAUAUCUUUAUUCGAUUCACAAGGAAUAUCAAAGCUCUUAUCACAAUGUUCGUGGCUUAUUUGCUGUUUCUUUCAUUUCUGUCGCAGCUUCUUCUCUUCUUGAAUUGCAGGCAAUCGCUCUAUCGCAAGCUGUUGAUAAUAUAUUAUAACUACGAAAAGGAGACCUUUUUGGAUCCUGAAGAGGCAACAUCCUCCUAUGGCCAUACGAUAGUUACAAAGAAAACGUCGGCAAUACUUGAAAAUCCACGGUACUCCUUGAAUCAUUUGAACCGAUGGAAAAAAUUUUAGCAGCUUUGAAUAGUUGACAUGUCUUCGGUUGGCAAUGUUAGUAGCAUAACAAGUAAUUAUCUUGAUUCAGUUAAAACACUUCGAGCUGAUAAAGAAGUUAUCUAUUGCCCACUUUUAGUUUCGAGAGUGCAAUUCAACUUUUGAAGUAACAUAACCAGGUUGCAGAGCUCCAAAAUAUUCGCAGUGCAUUCUUCCUUGACAAUAUUUCGUGAUAUUCUUUUUUGGCUACGAAUGAUACAUUGAUCUGUUCAACACAAAAUUGAUUGGCAAACCAAGAAGCUUCUCUCGAAAGCUGUCAACCAGUAUCUAACAACGAAAGGACAUCUAAUCGCCAAGGACUAGGCAAUUCUCAUUCCAACAUCAACUGUCGAAUAAUAAGUGAAUUUAGGCCCAUUG